AUGGAGGUUGAUACUUCAAGUGCAGGUUCCACUUUCCCACCCUCGACUUCUAAUCCGACCUCUAUUGAACCUAUUGUUGAUUCCUCUUCUUUGGGAUCUCAUCCUAUGAUCACACGAGCUAAAGCUGCUUUUACCGUCGAUGCUCAAUCUAGCGCCGAUGUUGUUUUUUAUUUGGAAUCAUAUGGUAACAUAGUGCCUGGUACUGACAUCACGACGGCUUUAGCAAAUGCAUGGAAGGAUGCAUGCGCGUCCAGUCGUUCUAGUGCAAUUGUCAUUCCGGGAGGGAUUUUUGAAGUAAGGGAAGGGAAGUUUGCAGGACCUUGUAAAAACCGAAUUGACUUCCAACUUGGAGGAACACUGCGGGCACCAAAAACCCUUCCGGGAGAUAAUUGGAUUAUUUUUGCACAUAUUGACAGAUUGACAGUAUCGGGUGGAGGAGUUUUUGAUGGCCAAGGAAAGGAAGCUUGGGGAAAGAAUGAUUGCUAUAAACGCAUAAAUUGUGCCCAACUCCCCAUUAGUUUGAGGUUCAACUUCAUCACCAAUUCAAUCGUGACGAGAGUAACGUCACUUGAUAGCAAGAACUUCCAUAUCAACGUCCUCGGCUGCAACAACCUCACAUUCCAUAAUAUCAAUAUAAUUGCACCAGAAAACAGUCCCAACACUGAUGGAAUACACAUCGGUCGAUCAAAUAGGAUCACGAUCACAAAGUCCAAAAUUGCAACAGGAGAUGAUUGCAUUUCUCUUGGAGAUGGAAGCAGACAAAUUGAAGUCGCCAACGUGACAUGCGGGCCAGGACAUGGCAUAAGCGUCGGAAGUCUUGGAAGAUACACCAACGAAGAACCUGUUGAAGGUGUCCUCGUAAAGAACUGCACGAUGAUUAACACCACUAACGGUGUCAGGAUCAAAACGUGGCCAGGUUCUGCUGCUAGCGGCACCGCCACCAAUAUGCACUUUUUGGACAUUAUAAUGGUCAAUGUUGGCAACCCUAUUCUAAUAGAUCAAGAGUAUUGUCCGUGGAAUCAGUGCAAUCGGCAGGCUUUAGCAAAUGCAUGGAAGGAUGCAUGCGCGUCCAGUCGUUCUAGUGCAAUUGUCAUUCCGGGAGGGAUUUUUGAAGUAAGGGAAGGGAAGUUUGCAGGACCUUGUAAAAACCGAAUUGACUUCCAACUUGGAGGAACACUGCGGGCACCAAAAACCCUUCCGGGAGAUAAUUGGAUUAUUUUUGCACAUAUUGACAGAUUGACAGUAUCGNGAUUCAAAUUGCUUCCGCAUGUGUUACAUUAA